UUUGUGUAGAUUCUACUGAGACUACUGAUACUACUGUCACUGACUGUGUGAUAGUGAUACUGAUUUAUGAUUUAGAUUUACUCAUACUUACUGAUCUAGAGUAGAGACUCUGAGAGUUAUAGUACAGUAAAGCUAAAUAUGAUGCUCCUAAGUCGACUAGUUUGUGGCAAAGUCCCUGUUAAAGUUGUCUUGUCAGGGUUAAGCCGCCAACCAAUUAAACUUUCUGCACUUAACAACAAUGUUCGACUGUAUGUGUCAGAAAGUAAAAGCGGCAUUGGGAGGUAUGCGAAGAGGAAGACACUGAAAGAGUCAUUGAUGUCCCCUGCUUCUGAAACACCUUUUAACCUUGGAAAAGGUUUAGUAGCAGGUGGUGCAGUGGUUGGCAUUGGUGCUCUUUGUUUUUAUGGCUUGGGUUUGUCCAGCUCACCAGGUGCUUUGGAUAGAGCUGUUGUUUGGCCCCAAUAUGUAAGGAAGCGCAUCAGAGAUACUUACAUGUACUUUGGUGGAAGUAUUGCUGUAACAGCCCUCGCAGCUGUAGCUGUUAGCAGAAGUCCAGCUAUUAUGAAUUUUAUGAUGAGCAACUCUCUCUUAUCUAUCGGUGGUACUAUUGCUGCUAUGAUUGGAACAGGUGUGCUUUGUAGGUCCAUUCCUUACAGUCCAGGAUUUGGGACUAAACAAAUGAGUUGGUUGCUGCAUGUUGGCGUGAUGGGAGCUGUUGUUGCCCCUUUGACACUUCUGGGUGGCCCCUUGUUGAUGAGAGCUGCCUGGUACACUGCAGGUGUUGUAGGAGGCUUGUCUGCUGUUGCCGUCUGUGCUCCAAGUGAAAAGUUUCUUAACAUGGGUGGAUUACUAGGAGCUGGACUGGGUGUUGUCUUUGUUGCAUCACUAGGUUCAAGCUUCUUCCCACCAACCACUGCUCUUGGUGCCAGUUUAUAUUCAAUCAGUAUUUAUGGAGGUCUGGUACUCUUUAGCUUGUUUCUACUCUACGACACACAAAGGGUGAUCAAAGCAGCUGAGCAUCAUUCAGAUUCCUAUAGUGGACGCCCUUUUGACCCAGUCAAUGCGAGUAUCAGUAUCUACAUAGAUGCCUUGAAUAUCUUCAUUAGGAUUGCUAUGAUGCUGGCUAAUGGAGGCAACAGAAAGAAAUGAAACUCUGGAACGUGUGAAGUCCCCAAUUAUUGAUUGACAUGAUGCUAGCAUAUUGACUUGUUGAAUUUUGUUUCUGUAUUCAUCAUUCAACUCAAAGACAUCUGGAAUCAUUCACAAAAUGUAACCACUUUGUGCCACUUGAGAUACAACUUACUGUAAAUAAGUUGUAUAGGAUCAAAUUGGUUCAGUUCAAUGUUUGUAGCAAAAUCUUCCUUAUCAGUACCAUAUACUAUGAAAUUGUUUACAUCUGUAAAAUAAAAUCCUGUCAAAGAAUUAUCUUAUUCAAUCAACCAAAAUGACUAUGUAUGUUGUUUCCAGUUUGUGAGAUUCUUUGACAUUUUAAAUAAUGAAAUUUAGUUUGGUUUUUUAUUUAUAUUUAUUUAUUACACAAUUUAUUUAGAACAUAAUAUUAUUAUUCUAUUGUUGCUUAUUAUGAUUAAUUUCAAUACGUUACAGUGAUAUACAGUGAAAAAAAAUUGUACAAAUAUAAACUAUAUGUCAAGAAUAAAAUGAAUGAUUUUUUUUUUUUAAUUUUGUUUUGCAAAUAUUUUUUUUUUGAGUUGAAGUUUGUGAUUUUUUUUUUUAAUUGUUAAAAACUUGCUAGCAUUUUAGUUUACUACGUGUGAAAAUUUACUUUUUUCACUUGGCAAAUAUUUAUCCUUUAUGGGCAGUUCCUUUUAGUAUAAAGUUGACAAAACUUUUCAUUCAAGACUCACAAUGAAAAACCCUAUUGCUGGUGUAAAGGGAGGGGGGGGGCAUAUCUAAUUUAAUUACAUUUUACAUAAAACAAGGUUACAAAGACAGUUUGUGUGGAAACAUAAACUCAAAAUCAACCCCUGAAGUGGUCCACCCAGGGAGGUAAAAAGGCAGGUUUCAAUAUUUUUAGAAAGAAUAUCAGAAUGAAAUUCUAUCAAAGGAAAAUAACAGAAAAAUUGAGAAAGAAGGUUGACAGAUCUUGUGUGGUGCCCCAACGAUUCAGCAGACCAAGGGAUAGGUGAAGGUGAAGUUAGAUGUGAACAUGGCCUAACUGAUUUCAUAUAAUGAUUAUCUUAUUGAUCAAAUUGUUUUGUAUUGUGUCAAUCUCUUUUCAAAGCCAUAUAAGAAAAAACAUUCUUGGUUAAGUGUCCUUCAGAUGCGAUAUCACCCUGCAGGUUACACCAUAAAAUGAAAAACUACUUAUUUAUUUUUGUUUUAAAUUGUGUUCUACUUAUAUGCAUAUUAAAUAAAUUUUUUUCUCUUUAAAAAAAAUUUAACUAUUUUUUAGUAAAUGAAGUUAGUUGACAGAAUUUACAUAACUUAGCAAUACAUCUAAAAUCAUUUGCUUAAAUGUCUUAAAAAUGUGGUAAAUAGUAAUCUCCCUUACUAAAUAGCCUCCUAUGUUUGUUACCAUUAAUAGUGAAUAGUUGUAAAAAUGUAUUUUUAUGAAAAAACUGCUUGCAUAGUUGAUUUUAAAAAUUAAAUUUUUCACUUUCAGAAAAGAAAAGAGUAGCCAUUGAAUCAAAACUUUGAAAGGUCUAAAAUAUCAUAAUAUCGGAUUUUCAAUAUCUUUUCUAGUUUACGAGAUAACGGGACGGACUGCCAGACAUUUCACACAAAACUAAUAGCGUCUUUUGCCCUUUUGGGGGCCGCCAAUAAAAAUACAAUUAAAUGAUGAUAAAUGUAACUUUGUCUUAUCUUCAAGUUAUUGCACAAUUAUUUUAGAAUAGAACUUAAAUAGUUUUGUUUUAUUUAUUUUUGUUGCUAAUGUAAGCCAAUGAAUAAUAAUAAAUCUAGUUUCAGUACUUGGAUGAAAAACAAAGAGAAUUAUGUCUGAAAUGAUUGACCAUGCACAACAUUUGAUGUGUAUUUUAUUUUUGUAUUGUCAAUUGGAAUAUUAAUUUCUUGAACUUGAAUAUCUUGCAUUUCCCAAACCUGAACAAAACUUUGAAUUGGUUUCUCCCAUGACUAGAUUGUAUACAUUCAGGGCAGGUUUACAAGAUGAGUAUAGUUUCUGUGACGCAUAGCUAAAGAUGGUGUUUUUUGACCAGCAUAACGACCAAAUCACUUUUACUUUUCCUCAACUAAUGUCAGGUACU